AAUUGACUCUCUUUGACGUCGACUAUCAAAUUAAUUACAGUUUUGCUGCUUGAUCGCCACCAAUCUUGAACCGGAUCAUCCUCCCCCUUGCUGCAACCUCAUUGGUCGCUGCAAGCCUCUGCCGGUAUUUCAUUGGUCUCACCUGCGGGUCCUGACGCUGGAGUAGGCUGCAUCAGAUAAAUGUUCAAUAAUCCAGUGAUAAACAAACAAGGACGAGUCUGACAGCAACGUAAAAAAAAUAGGCCGGCUUCACUCCGUCUUAUUAAGCAAAGUAUCCCGGAAAUCUUGAUUUCAGUCUGCGUGCAAUGGGUUGUCUCGGCUGCUUUCACUGACAGUAGUGAGCCUCUGUGGUCCCUGUCUCCCUGUCAGCAGUCUACUAAAAAGGCUUCAGCAUGCUGCGAGAGAGUUCCAAGGCGUGGAGCAACGGCUCAGAGGCCUACAGUAGUGAUCCUGAGGAGGACGAGGAGGAGGAGGAGGACAUGGUGUUUGGAGAGAAUGAUCAGGACGGCAUGGCAGAAGAGAUGAUGGAUCUGAGCGACCUCCCCACUGCGCUCUUUGCAUGCAGCGUCCACGAAGCAGUGUUCGAAGAGGACGUACAAAGGGAGAGGUUUGAGGCGUUGUUUAGGAUCUACGACGAACAGACGACUUUCCAGAUGUUCAAAAGUUUCCGGAGAGUCCGGAUCAACUUCAGCACUCCAGAGGCCGCUGCCCGCGCUCGCAUCGAGCUCCACGAGUCAGAGUUCAACGGCAAGAAGCUGAAACUCUACUUUGCCCAAGUCCAAAAUGGCGACGAGGACAUCGACAAGUCGUACCUGGCCCCUCCCCAGCCCGUCAAACAGUUUCUGAUCUCGCCGCCUGCCUCGCCACCUGUGGGCUGGAGCCAGAGCGAAGACGCUACACCCGUCAUCAACUAUGACCUGCUGUGUGCAGUAGCCAAGCUAGGACCUGGUGAAAAGUAUGAGCUCCACGCGGGGACAGAGUCCACCCCUAGCGUGGUCGUCCACGUGUGCGAGAGCGAGACAGAGGAGGACGAGGCGGCGCGGCCAAAGCAGCAGAUCGUCCAGACCAGACGUCCCGACGGACCCCCCAAAGUCUUCAACUAAAGAGGCCUCCCCCGCGACACCAGUGCGGCCCCUGACCGCCCCUUAAACCCACAACACACCUGCCCUCUCUCUCUCGUCUCUGCACUCACAGAGAGCGUUGAUGCCCCUCAUUUCAGUUCAAAUACAAGCAAAAACAAAACCAACAAACAUUGCUCGAAGACGGUGUUUGUGGGGAGCGUGGCGAUGGAAUGAGGCGGCUUGAAGGGGAUGGAUGAGAAUCACACACACACUCAUCACAUUCUGCGGACAGCAGUGGGGAGUGGCAGGCACGCUUGCCUCCACCCCACCCACCCCCCCUCGUUUUCAGCAAGAGGGGUCGAAAUACCUGUCCCAACGCAGGCACCUGUCACUUAUCACACACACUCAGCUCUCAUUGCUAGUCCUGCUCAGUCUUGCUAGUUAGUUAGCUUGUUAGCCGUACCUCUCCCUUUGUCUCAAAGUCGUGUGUACAGUAACCUUUGGUUGAGGACAUGCGAUACUCUAAAGACAUUUUUCUGUUUUUUCUUUUUUACAAUAAAUUGUGUUCUCAGAUACAUAUAUAUGUAUAUAUAUGUAUAUGUAUAUAUAUAGAUACAUAUAUAUAUAUAUAUAUAUAUACACAUAUAUAUUUGUGUCUAUUUUUUUCUUCUUUUUCAUCCAUUUUCAUAUCUGCUGGUUUGUUGCUUAAGCUUGCAUCAAGAUUGAGUGUGUGAUGUUCCCGCUCUUGUCUGCAUGUAUAUACUGUAUUACAAAAAAUACGUACAGAAACACAAAUACUAACAAGAUAUAUCAAGAAAAAGGAACCUAUUUAACAUCACACACAGCACGAAGCGCCAUAUGUGACUAACAAAGUUGUGGUGGUUGUUUGAAUAAUUUUUUUUUUGCUUGUUUUUCGCUUUUUGUCUCUUUUUUUUAAUUUGGAGAGGUGUUGUUUUUUGCUAAACUACUAGAUGUGUAUUCUUACUAUGUAUUUGAUACCCCAACACUUUUUGCAUGCUUAGUUACUUCUGUAGAUGAGGAGCUGAGGUGUUUUUUCUUUUUUUAUUGUUGUUUGUGAUGACAGGGAAAUGGUGUGAUGCUUUUGACGCAAGUGCAUAUCUCCACGCAGAGUUUCAAGUGAAAAAAGCUUAAUGGAUUUUUUGUAAGAUUGACAGUUCAGUCUUCAACUUGGCAAAUUUGCAUUUGUCACUCUUUUUUUGUGGGGGGGGGGAUUUGAUGGAUCAGAGAUAGUUCAUCCCCCUCAUUUUCUUCAAGGGGUUUGGGACUUUUUUCCUCUCUGAUUCAGUUUGUUGUAAAUCAUAUCUUUAAUGUCUUGGUUAUGUUCUUUGAUCAAACCCACUUUUUAUGUGUCAGGUUUUCUUCUGAAACCUACUGCUUGUUUUGCACUGAGUAUCUCUCGAUAUCUCCAAGCAAUUGCAGGACUCUCGAACGUCUCCUGCUGUGCGCCAGAGUACUGCGCUGCUUUUCGCUGUAAAUAGCUGAGCGUAGCAUAGGUUUGUGGAAAUAGUCCUUUUAGAUUUUAUAGUUUACCUGGAAGCAUUUUGCUGAGAAAAGGGAAAAUUAGGUAGCCUCAUGAGAUAUCAACCAAAGCAUUCACUCACCUCACAUUAUCAUCAAAACACAAACUGAUUUUUCUUACUUCAACACACUAAUGUAUAUUUGUCAAAACUGAGAAAGAAAUCAUACUUUCCCAACACAACUGCAGUACCUUAUUGCAUUUUUAUUUUAUAUUAACAUACUUACUUUUUCCACAGUAUGUUGUUCAGAGGAAAUUCAAACAAAUCUCCACUUUAUAAAAAAAUCCUUCUUUUUUGUUUUAUUCUCUCGACAGUCCCAUAUCAGAUUAGUGUGCUUCACCUACUCAUUUAAUGAAAUCAUUAGAAGCAACAGGAACAAAUGUGUCUAACAGGGCUUUUUGGUGUCAGCAGUGAGUCUAAUCCUUAUUUGUCAUUAGGCUGCAUGAAAUCUUAACUUUUUUGCUAUAUAACAAUAUUAGUGAGCAAAAGUCCAUCUGCAUGUGAGCACUUUAUUGUCGGUGUUUUGUUUGUUUCCUUGAUAUGAAAUUGUCUUUCUUGAGACAAAGUAGGAAGCACACUGCAUUUCUUCUCUGUUUCUUUCUUGUGUUGUGUAUUUUUUUUCUUCUUUUAUCUCAAGCUGAACACCUGGUUAGCCUUUUCACCAGCAUAUUGCAGUGAGUGAAAACACUCCACUUCCUUUUUGCUCGUGUGAACCUUGGAGAAUUUCAGGCCUUUUGGAUCUGCUAGAAUGUGCUGCAUGCAGUACAGUUAGAGGUUUAAAAUGAGGCAGGAUGACAUUGCAGAACAAAAUCGAAUGUCUUUGUUUUCGUGUUUGUCCACAAGAAACAUUUAUCUUAUCUUCUGAGAAAGUUAAACAGCUCUUUGAAAUUCACCAUGUUGGCAGAGUGCAGUUUUAUUGGCACUACAGUAAAGCUGUCGCAGUUAUCUGAGCAGACAGCAGAUUGGUGGAACUACUGAGGUGGAUUAUGAUGAAGAAGGAAGCACGAAGGAAGCAGUGGGACAGGAGGAAAGACACAUGUGGAGAAUUUUUUUACUCUAGUCAUUGGGUUUAAAACUGGGUGCAUUUUGGUCACAGUUGAAAUGAAAAUGUAUAUUUAUGUAUAUAUGCCAAGUGUUCUGUUUUUUUGUUGCUGAGACCAGUCCCAGUGUGCAGUUUGUUACGGCUUCUCUUGGCAAUGUUGUAAUGGAAAAAAAAAAUUACAAAAAUGUGUAACAAUAAGUCCUGAAGAUGCUCGAUCAAAACCAACUGUCAUUGUGUUGUGUUCAACAGUUCGACAUGAACUCUGUUUGAAUGUUUCUUUUCUUUCUGGGGAACGUCUACUAAAAAGGUCAAUAAUACAGUUUGUCACUGUUGUACUGUUUCUGUUGAAAUAUGAAUAUUGUGUCUUGUAUUGUAGGAAUCCAGAAAACAAAGUAGCAAAACAAGCAAUAAUUUACAGUUCUAUAAUACCGGUAUGUGUAUUUUCAUGUUCUGUACUUAUUUCUCAGAGAUGGUCUCUGUCUCUUACAGUAUCCGCUUCUAUUUGUGUAGUAUAAUAGUCCUUUGUUUCACAUAGAGAAAUACAUAAAGACUUAUUCUUAAAA